CUGCGUUGAAUGCGGCCAUCUUUAUAUUUGCAACACAUGCACAGACGUGCAUACACGAAACAAGGCAACUCGGGAACAUGUUGUGGUGCAUUUAAGGAAGAAAGACAUAUGCAAACCGCAUGACUCGCUGUUGAAUAGUUAUUGCCAGGACUACAAAAAAACAAAUCAAUGUAUUUCGAAGAAAUGGUUUCUUCGAAUCCAAGAACAGAAUAGAUUGGCUGGUUUAUAGGCACAGGAUAGGAUCACAGCACAGUUAACAUUUCCAACAGUUUAGCAAAAUAAACAGGACUACAGUGUGUUGGGACAUUCGACAGCUGAGUUUCAGUUGUAGCACACACGAAGUGGACAUCAAGGACAUUUUCACUUCCUGUAUGAUCCACUGCCACGAAGUUUAUAAUUGUGUCAAUAUUUCAAAACGACUGAAAGAACACCAGUCCGAUGGCGUCACAAGCAACAGGUUUGGCUGACGUUUGCGUUGUGUGCCUCCAGUCAAGACCACUGAAGUUAGUAGGUAAAUGCAAGCAUAGAUUCUGUUCCAAGUGCUUGUUCGACAUCAUUGAGGGCAAGGAGGGUGAUGUUUUUGCCUGUCCAACGUGCAAGGUCGACUGUCUUUGUCCAACAGAUGGUCUAGAGGGGCUGGUCGACUUCACAGGUGGGGAUGAGGCAGCAGAAGAUGCUGGUGUGGAGGAAGGAAGAAGGGGUGGAGUGAAAGACCUUGGGGUGGUACCAGGAGUACCUGAUAGGGAAACGACACAAGAGCCAGGAACUGAGUGUGCUGAUACCGUGUUGGAUGUAAGAUGUAAGAUUUGUCAUCAAAGAAAGAAGGAAGUCCAAGCAGUCAAUCUCUGCGUUGAAUGCGGCCAUCUUUAUAUUUGCAACACAUGCACAGACGUGCAUUCACGAAACAAGGCAACUCGGGAACAUGUUGUGGUGCCUUUAAGGAAGAAAGACAUAUGCAAACCGCAUGACUCGUUGUUGAAUAGUUAUUGCCAGGACUGCAAAAAACCAGUAUGUAUGGUGUGUAUUAUGUGGGAGCAUGGGGAACACAGCAUUGAAAAGUUGGGGGACUUUGUUGAUGGAAAAGUUGCGGCACUGAAUCAAGUUCUGAAGAGGAGGGCAAAACGAUUGAGAGAACUACAGCAUCAGAUGUACGAGUUGAUGGCGUUGAUAGGGGAGGCAGCCGUGUUUGAUAAGGAGGAUAUGUUGGUAAAGGAAAUUGAAGACCACGCUGAAAAGUGUAUUGCAGGGAUAGUGAAAUGGAUGGAUGAUUUGAAAAAUCAGGUCAAGGCAAACCACAAGGUGAUCAGGGAUCUACCAGAAGAUUUGGAGAAAGUCCAGAAGGCAGUUGAACAGUUGCAGAGGCCCAUUGAGAGAGCUGUAGAGUUGCUGGGAAAGAAAGAGCAUCACCUGCUGUACCUUGACAAGCUGCUAAUAAUGCAGCAGGAGGUGGCUGCGGUUGCAGACGUUGGGAAUGACAUCAAAGACACAGGACACUGGAGUCAAAUUCUUGAGUUACAUAAUUACAACUAUCACUUUAUUCCUGGAGAAUUGCCCAGUGAUCUUGGCGGGAUCAGCAAAACAGUCGCCAGACCAUGUGAAAGUAUUGCUGAGGUGAUCUUCAAGCACACAAUCCAAGCAGAUUCGACUGACAUGUUCAUUCCCUGUGUGGCCAACCUUGGUUUCAAUUUUGCAGUUGCUCACCCAACCAGGCACAGGGAACCAUCAGGGGCAAUUGACAUCUACGAAUUACCUGGUACCCUGAAACGCACAUUUAAGGCCCACGUGCCUCCCCUUUACGACAUGUCUUCAACGCCUGACGGUAAACUUUCUGUGUUGUCUGAUGGGUCAGGUGGAAAUAACUGCCGAGUCAAACUGUUCGAUGUAGAGAAUGGUUACAUGAGCUGCACCGGUGACAUCGACAUUGCCAAACCUCUAUCUCUUGGUGUUACCACCCGACAUCAGUACGCAAUUAUAGGGAGGAAUGGGCAAGGAGAAGUAUGGAUCAUAAUCACUGACAAGGAGGGCAUUGUUCUUUUCAAACAUCAAUGCGAUACCGCUGAAAAAAUAUACUGGAAUCCGGAGGUGAAUCCUAGAAUAACAUGCAGUCGAGAUUUCAUAUUUGUAGCAGCUAUGCAAAUGUCUGUGACCUACAAACUACAGGAUGCAGGAUUGUUGCAUGUAUCCACCGGCCGAUAUAUCGGAUCUUUGACCGACAUAUCCGCUACAGUGAUGAAUGAUCUCUUUCGAAUUUGCACAUGGAAAAAUAAUGUAAACCUGUACAGACAUAAAAUGAGGAGAGGCACUAAAUAUGGUUGGGACCACAGAGGUCAAUUGAAAGUUUGUGAUGAGGAAGCAUCAUGUGCAGAUAUGGGAGCCCGCCUCUCCACAAGAGAUGGCCACAUUGUUGUGACAUACGGUCGAACAAUCAGGGUGUUCAAACUGCUUUAAAUCUAACCUCUUUCUCCCCGGAGCUCGUCUUACUUGUUUUGAUCUGAAAACCGAGGCGAAUUUCUCUAUCAUACAAGUAUGCGCCGCUGACUCACAGACGUGCGCCAAGCUCAAUGGGAAUAUUGAAUUGGCAAGUUAGAGGAGAAAGACCCUGUCAUCAGGGUCGUGACUAACAAAUUAUGGAAAUAAACCCUCCCAAUCCAGUUCUUGUGGGGAACGUUUAUCCGGCAAGGGAUUUCUUCAUUUGAUCACAAAGGGCAAGGUUAGGGGCAUCAGGAACUGUGAUUAUCUUUGGCGAAGGAUUGAGGUCCUACGCGUCUUGCAGUGAAGCUAAUAGACUCUAGCUUUUAUCAUGCAUGAAGCAUGGGCGGGUCAAAUCAUUUGUAAAUCUGUUGGUGUAAUCGGCUUGAUAAAGAACACUGUGCAAGGAUGAACGAUGAUUUUGGUGGCAAACAUUGCAAACUUCCUGCAUUAAAAAUCAUCGCCUUUAACAAUUUGCUUCCAAAUCAACUCCAAUUAUUUUCAGUUGCAGUGACAAACGUUACCUGUUUGCAGGACACUUUAGGUUGAGACCUCUUUCAUGACAGUGUGAAGUUUAGAUUACCUCCUAGCAAAGUGGUACACUUUCAAAUAUUGACAGUCUAUAGGAAUGACAUCAGGCAAUCGGCACCCAGAAAUUACCUUCAAAUGAGUAUUUGUUUUAUGGAAUUGCAGAAAAAAUUAUCCAUCUCAAAUUACAAGUAUCAUGAGAGAGGUCGCUUCCAAGUCACAUUCUCAAGAUUUAUUUUUACUCAGCAUCAGUAUCAGCGUUCACUCUGCACUUGGAGGCAUUACACCCGAUGAGUAUUCCUCCCCAAGGCAGAAUACUGUAUUUAUAUAUAAUGCGUAUUUAGGCGCAUGCGCAUAGAAAUAAAACUGCUUGUUUUCACCUGUGUUUAACCUGGUCAAAUUUGCCGUUCUUAAGCGCAUGCGGAUAAUUCUAUACUAUACUGUUUCUUAUACUGUGUGGUGCAUGUGACUUCGCAGCGUCCCAGAAGAGUGGGAUUCUUGUAUGGCCGAUGCAACUGUGCUUUACCUCGCACACUGUGCGGUCCUCGCCAGGUUGUGGGAUUAUUAUUGGAUUAUUACACAUACAUAUGUUCGUUUUAUAUUGUAAACAGUAGAUAUUAGAUUAAAUAUAA